CCGGCCAGGUGAGAACACUAACAAUUGACAGGUAUCUUCCUAGGUUGCCGAUUAAUGUCUGUAAACAGGACAGGAGUGUGAACCAGUUGAGUGACUCGGGACGCGGAAGAGGCUGUGUGUGACAAAUAUGGUGUCGUCAUCGUUGAACAAUGUAAAGCGUUGAUGUAGUAGAGGUGUAAAGAUGUUGAUCAACGGCCACCUGGUGGCUGUCGUAUUCAUCAGUCUGAUCGUUGGGAAAGGUUAUGCAGUACGGUGUUUCAGCUGUAACAGUAUUGAUGACUACAGGUGUGGUGACAAUUUCCGCCUGACGAAUGUCGAAGGUAUCGAGUGUCCUGGCACGUGCAGCAAGAAGAGAGGCGAGAGAUGGGAGGGCCAGGUGAGAAUUGUGGAGGUGAUUCGAGGAUGUUUGGUGCAGACAACAGAGAAAUGUUACAAUGAAAACCAGGGUGGGAUCAACUUCAAAGUGUGUACGUGCAACACAGACUUCUGUAACCAUGGCAACCAUACACAAUCUCUGCUGGCGUUGAUCAUGUGUGUGCUCAUUCUGGCAUAUAACCACCUCUAAAACAGUAACAACAUAUUGUAUGUCAAUACUCAGUGGAAUUGUCAUUAUUAGUAAACUGUGAUUGUCUUAACCUUCCAUGAAAAUAAAACUUCUGUGAUCUGUA